AUGGAGCUAAAAGUCUACCUUGAGGAGCUUAAAAAAGGCCCCACUAAUCUUCUAGAGCUGCUGGGCUACCUUGAUGAAUACCAUAAAGACACCGAACGACUUCAAAUAGCAUCAACGCUGAUCAAUCACACUCUCAGCGUGUACAAGCUAUCAGACAAAGAAGUGCGACGGGAGAUCUGCGAUCUCCUGUGUUGCCGAGUAGGCCUGGGCCAAUUAGUGUUGCAGUGCAAACGAAGACUGGAUGAGAAUGUUGCACAGGUGCUGGCGGAUACCGUCAGUGCGCCGAGGUUCAGACAAAUAUUGACAAACGUCCAGCAUACCGAAUUGUCAGAACUGCGGUCUCUGCUGACCGUUCGGGUGUAUGAAGAACUGAACAGGGCGGCCACAGAGCUCCACUAUGAUGACCUGAAGGAAGCCGCAGACAGGUAUCCCAAGAUUCUUCUUGACUUGGCACUUUCCUCAAGCGUUGCUGACUGGAGGUUUGUGAACGGCUGUUUGAGGAUGCACGCAGUGGAUCCUUUUGAAAAGAGCAUGUACACCCGUUUGGUGGCCAAGUUCAACGAGAAGAACGAUAUGUUGUUUUUAAAACAGCUUCUAGGGCUCAUGGAGUCUUCCAUUCAGGAUGUCAACGUGGCUGGCUACAAUAAAGUAUAUGGCGAGCUCGAGAUCCGUGACGGGCACACUGCCGUCUCGUUUGUGGUAAACUCGCCGCUGGAGAUGCAGAAAAUUGUUGUUGGCCAUUUGCAGACCGACGAAGCACUUGCUCAAAGGUACAUUUCGCUGUUCUCAUUGAAGUCGUAUAUUCAACAGACGUCUUUCAGUGAACACGAACGUUUGACGCGGCUUUUACUCUUGAUCCUGCUUAGGCUCGACGACACACAGAUAAGAGAUAUAUCGACGCAAGGCGAGUUUCUGAACGCUAUCAGCAACCAUUUGGAGUCGAACUCGCCAAAAGUAAGGUUUUUCGGCAUGGCCGUCGGCGAUUUAGUAUAUGAGCGACUAAAUAAGAAGCCAAUGUUUGACAUCGAGGAGCACAACAGGGAAAGAGAGCACUUUAUGAACGAGAUCACAAAGCCAAUUCCCGACUGCACCCUUGAGGACGCAUACACCAUCAUCAGAAGGAAAGAACAAACAAUACAGAGACAAUACACAGAGACCAAAAUCAUCAAACCUGCUCCCGUCGUCAUAGACUCUGAUCCAGAGGAUUCCGACGACGAGACAGUUUCGCGCAAACGCACCGUUCCGACGCCUGUUUACCUCAAAGAGGUCAUCUCGUAUUUACAGGCAGACUCCCAGAAAGACCAGCUUGCAUACGAAAAACACGACAUUUUGAACAAAGUGCUCGCUCCGCUGGUUCGUACAAAAGCAAAUAGUCAGGAGCUCCAUUUUUACAGCGAGACACUGCUGGACUUGGUAUUGGGCCUUUCAAAUCCGUAUAAGUUCGCCGACUUCGAGUCGUGGCGACUGUCGUGCUGCAUAGCCAUAUGUGUCGGCGAUUUCGAGCAGGCGGCCGCGUUCCUCAUCAAGACCUUUUUUUCUGGAGACAUUUCGCUCAAUAGACGGAUUUUGAUCUUGAGCUGUUUGAGCCUAAGUGCCAGAGAGAAAUCGGGACUCGACGACGAGUUUGUGGCUGGCAAAGAGAGAGUGCCGGGACUAGGGCCGCAGAGGCUGCCAGAAAAUAUACACAGACAAUUUAUGCAGUACGAAGAGCAACAGAAACCGGAGCUCAAGAGUAUCACCAAGCAGAUGGACAUGCUGGAGCUGACGGGCACGGUGACCCGGAUCUCAUCGCGACUGACAAAGAAAAAGCCAGCCAAAACCAAAGACACACGGUUCAUCAACAACGAGCUGCCCAAAAUGUAUUUCCUGCUGGUCUCGACGUGGCAGUACGUGAACGCAAAGACAGGCACUGGGUUUGUGAUUGGCCACUAUUCGCCGAUUCUCAACUCGCACUUUCUCAGGACGCUGGCGCUGAUACUCGACUGUGCGACUCCGUCCUCGAUCCAGGUGCUGGAUAUGGUGCGGGAGCUGGUCCUGAUUCUAACGGAACACAUGAAACAGCUUGUGGUGCAGUACGAGGAGAUCGUCGUGGAGGCAGUGCUGGCCGGAAUCAGGACCGUCUUGCAAUGCGACGGCAGUCUACUUCGCCAGCUGGUUGGUCCCGAAUUGAUUGCUAUGCGAGAGUACUUGGAGAUAUUACUGGAAAACGGGGUUUUGAACGAAACAACAAUACAAAACAGCGCCCAUAUAGUGUCACAAAUCAACAGAAUAGCAACUCCGUUUGCUUAG